UCUCGCCCCGCCUGCCCCGCAGCGGGGCCGCGUAGCCAGCGGCUCCCGGCGCAGCACAGGUCUGCGCCAGGACCAUGGGCGCCGCGCUGGGCACGGGCGCGCGGCUGACUCUCCGGCCCGGCCGGGCCUGUGGCUCUGUCCGGAGCUGGGCGCCCCCCGCGCCCGCCCGAGGCUGCCACUCCAAGGCCCGCCCGGCGCGCCCUGUGCCGCUGAAGAAGCGGGGGUACGAUGUCACCAGGAACCCGCAUCUCAACAAGGGCAUGGCCUUUACGCUUGAGGAGAGGCUGCAGCUUGGGAUCCACGGCCUCAUCCCGCCCUGCUUUCUGAGCCAGGACGUCCAGCUCCUCCGGGUCAUGAGAUACUACGAGCGGCAGCAGAGUGACCUGGACAAGUACAUCAUCCUCAUGACCCUCCAGGACCGGAACGAGAAGCUCUUCUACCGCGUGCUGACCUCAGACGUGGAGAAGUUCCUGCCCAUUGUGUACACGCCCACGGUGGGACUGGCCUGCCAGCACUAUGGCCUGACCUUCCGCAGACCCCGUGGGCUGUUUAUCACCAUUCAUGACAAGGGCCACCUUGCAACCAUGCUGAACUCUUGGCCAGAAGACGAUAUUAAGGCGGUGGUGGUGACUGACGGGGAACGCAUUCUGGGCCUGGGAGACCUGGGCUGCUACGGCAUGGGCAUCCCCGUGGGCAAGCUGGCCCUGUACACGGCGUGCGGAGGCGUCAACCCGCGGCAGUGCCUCCCUGUGCUGCUGGACGUGGGCACCAACAAUGAGGAGCUCCUCAAAGACCCGCUGUACAUCGGCCUGAAGCACCGGCGCGUCCGCGGGCAGGAAUAUGACGGCCUUCUGGACGAGUUCAUGCAGGCCGUGACGGACAGGUUUGGAAUAAAUUGCCUCAUCCAGUUUGAGGACUUUGCCAAUGCCAAUGCCUUCCGCCUUCUCAACAAAUACCGCAACAAGUACUGCAUGUUCAACGAUGACAUCCAAGGCACAGCCUCUGUGGCCGUGGCAGGGAUUCUGGCUGCUCUGCGGAUCACCAAGAACAAGCUCUCCAAUCACGUGUUUGUUUUCCAAGGUGCUGGUGAGGCAGCCAUGGGCAUUGCCCACCUCCUUGUCAUGGCCCUAGAGAAAGAAGGUGUGCCCAAAGCGGACGCCACAAGGAAGAUCUGGAUGGUGGACUCCAAGGGGCUCAUCGUCAAGGGGAGGAGCCACCUGAACCAUGAGAAGGAGACGUUUGCCCAGGACCACCCCGAAGUGAACUCCCUGGAGGAGGUGGUGAGGCUGGUGAAGCCCACGGCCAUCAUAGGUGUUGCCGCCAUCGCAGGAGCCUUCACGGAGCAGAUCCUGAGGGACAUGGCCUCCUUCCACAAGCACCCUAUCAUCUUUGCCCUGAGCAACCCCACCAGCAAGGCCGAGUGCACAGCUGAGAAGUGCUACCGGGUCACCGAGGGCCGAGGGAUCUUUGCCAGCGGAAGUCCUUUUCCAAGCGUGACUCUGGAGGAUGGCAGGACCUUCUUUCCCGGGCAGGGCAACAAUGCCUACGUGUUCCCCGGCGUGGCCCUGGGAGUCAUUGCCGGCGGGAUCCGGCACAUCCCGGAUGAGAUCUUCCUCCUGACGGCAGAGCAAAUUGCCCAGGAGGUCUCGGAGCACCAUCUGUCGCAGGGGAGACUAUACCCGCCCCUGAGCACCAUCCGAGACGUGUCUCUGAGAAUCGCCAUCAAAGUCCUCGACUUCGCGUACAAACACAACCUGGCCUCCUACUACCCAGAGCCCGAGGACAAGGAGGCUUUUGUAAGGUCCCUGGUCUAUACUCCAGACUAUGACUCCUUUACGCUGGACAGCUAUACUUGGCCCGAGGAGGCCAUGAAUGUUCAGAACAUCUGAUGCAACCUCAAAGGCUGGGAUGGGGCUGGAUGAAGCCCAGGGUAACACUGACAAUAUAAAUGGGUUCAAAA